UACUAAUCCAUGAGCCGAUAGGCCUGCCUUUUUCCUAAUACACAAAGCAUCAAUGGGCUUAGCCGCAUGCCCACGUGACCGUACCGCACAGACGUGUCGCAGUGGCUGUGACUUGAACUCGUAAAGUUUUGUCAGAGAGACGCAAGGUUUAAAUGAAGGACAAGUGGUAUACCCACUGGUGUUCACGAUAUGGACGUACGGUUGAUACUAGCUGUGAUCAGCAUAGGGAAAAGCAUGGCUCCAGCAGGUGCAGGAACACCUGUGAAGUACAUGAUCAACUCGUGCAAGUCUCGUGUUCCCAUCUAUGUGAAUUCAAGUCUAAUAUUGGAGCUGACGCGUGAGUUUGCAGACGACCGUUCACUUAUUGGCUUCAGACACUGCGCGGUUGACGUGGAAACGACCCCAUCACAGCGGUUGUUCCUCCACUACGAGGCUAUCAGCAUCUCUGCCGAGGCGGGAACCAAAGACAGAUUACACAUCUAUGAUUACAAUGAUGACGGUAAGCGGGUGCGCGUGACCCCACCGAACGGUAUCUAUGGAGUGCUGGAACAUCCAUACUACAACACCGCCAGAGUUCCCGUCCGUGAUUACAAGUCUUCUAGCAACAAGAUCCGUGUGGACUAUUUCGGGAAACCGACCGUGAUGUACCAAGGAUUCCGUCUACUCCUAACAGUCUACAGGCCCACACAGAGGCAUGGCGGAUGUGGAGGGGGCCUUCUAACAUGUGUGACUGAGCGUAUCUGCAUAUCCCCAAGACUUCACUGUGAUGGGCUCGCCAACUGUGGCAGCCUGGACGGCUCGGAUGAACACCAUUGCCGGGGCAGAGCCCAGGCCACCACCGACCUUCUGGAGUCUUAUUCCGUAGUACACGCAGUUGCUGCAGCAAUCGUGUCGUGUGCUGUCUUCCUCCUGGUCGCUACAGCCGCUAUGUGCUGGGUGAAGACACAUAACCACAAGCUUGAGUACAAACCAAAGUCCUGUGUGCGUUGGACCAGCAAUGGCACUGUGCGUACUUCCAUGACGCGGCUGUACGCUCCCCCGUCCUAUGAGAGUGUUGUGGUCGACACAGAAGAUAACUUAGGACCCCCUCCAGACUACAGUGUAGUUGCAGCAUCAGGCCCCCACAUCAGGGAGGAUAACCACAAGUCUCCAAACGAUCUGAAACCAUCGUAUUCUUCCGUUGAAGUCGCUAUACUACACGAACAGCCCAGGGAAUUGUCCAUGGAGCUGAAUACUACUGAGGACCACGCCCCCUCACUGUCAACUGACAGUAGCGAUACUGACCCUGAUUCAGGAUCAAAAGAAACUUGGGAAGCUACAUCUGAUUAUGUCUCCCGCAACUCCUCGCCUUAUGCGGAUAGCUUACGAAAACAUGCUGGGAGCAUUUCUGAGAAAGGCAUUGGUACAUUGGUAACCCUCUAGCAUAUCCUGACAGCAGUUUUACAACCUGCCAAAUCAAAUCUUCCAACAGCAAUCGAUGGGCAUAAACUGUGCAUGUGUUCUCUUUCAUAAAUCAUCUUGCAACUGUAUUAUUUCACGUUUACUGCAACAGUUAUUGGUGGAUUUGGUCACUUCGGUUCCCCAACAAGGCAACAUUUCACAAAAUAACCUUAACAUUACGACUGUCGUAUACUUUAACAUUUGUGUGAACAUUCAAACCAGUCAAAUCUGUGAAUAUUAAGGAAGUCAGAGCCAUAAUACAUUGAUGGUUUCACAGACUAUAGUCUGAAAACAAUUGGUGUUGUAAUGUUAAGACAGUUCUAGUACAUUAUGCUGCCGGGUUUUUUCAGUGAUGAAAUGAAGGUUACACUUUAA